UAGAAGGAGGGAGAGGGAGAAGGAUAGAAAAGGAUAGAGGGGGAGAGAUAGAGGGAGGCAGGAGGGAGAGAGGCAAAGAUAAGGAGAGGAGAGAGAGGCGGAGACCAAGAUAGAAGGAGAUAGAAGCAGAGAGAAAAAGGAAGAGGAGUAGGGGCAGAGGAGUAGGGAGGGAAUAAAAAGAACGAGGGGAGAGAGGAGGAAAAGUGAGGAGGGAGAGAGGGGAGGUAGGGGAUAGGUACCAAUUGAGAAUGAGGAGAGGAGGAAGUGAACGACAAAGAAAGAAGAGUGCAAGAGAAUAGAGAGAAGAUUGUUGUGGGUUUGGGGGAUGGUGAGAAUGGAAUAGACCAGAGAGAGGAGGAGGUAGGAGAUACUGAGAAAGCAGAACAAAAAAGGCUGGACGAGGAAUGGGGAUGGAAGAUUGUGCUUGAGGAAGGAAAGAUCUGGCUUCAGAGAGAGAGAGAGAGACUGGGAGAUAAAGUAACAUUUGGAGAAAAACAGGGACCUGAAAGAAGAAAGGGUAAUUAAAUAGAGGUCUGGAAUGCCAGAAAUAUUGGAAGAGGCUGGGAUUAGGGGGAGAGGCAGACAGACCAGACUGGGACUGCUAAGAGCAGGGAGAGUUGGCCAAGCACUCAAAGAGGAGUUAAACACAAGACUUUACUAACUCCGUAAACUUGAAAAUCCUGUCGCACUCAUUCCUUCUGAUCAAAAUGAGAGUAAUUGCUCUAGUCAGUGGUGGAAAGGACAGCUGUUACAAUAUGAUGCAGUGUGUGGCAGCUGGACAUGAAAUUGUGGCUUUAGCUAAUUUAAGACCUGCCAAUCAUAAAGAUGAACUUGACAGUUACAUGUAUCAGACAGUGGGACAUGAAGCCAUAGAUCUGUAUUCAGAAGCUAUUGGCCUCCCACUGUACCGGCACACUAUCAAAGGGAGCUCUGUAGCAAUUGGAAGAGACUACUCAGAAUGUGAAGGCGAUGAAGUGGAAGACCUCUACCAUCUUUUGAAACAGAUCAAGGAAAAGGAAGCAGUGGAAGGAGUUGCAGUUGGUGCCAUUCUUUCUGACUACCAGCGGGUCAGAGUAGAAAAUGUGUGCAAGCGACUUAAUCUCCAGCCUUUGGCUUACCUCUGGCGUCGAAACCAGGAAGAUUUGCUGAGAGAAAUGAUAUUGUCUAAUGUUCAAGCCGUGAUAAUCAAAGUCGCAGCUUUUGGUCUUGAUCCAGAGAAGCAUCUUGGGAAAACUUUGGAUCAGAUAGAACCACAUCUCAAUCAGAUUUCUCAGAAGUACGGGGUGCAUGUGUGUGGAGAAGGUGGAGAGUAUGAAACCUUUACUUUGGAUUGUCCUUUAUUCAGGAAGCGAAUUGUUGUUGAUUCCUCAGAUGUUGUUAUUCAUUCUGCUGAUGCGUUUGCACCUGUGGGCUACCUUCGUUUAUUGAACUUGCAUCUGGAGGAUAAGCCCCUUCAUGUACCUUCUGGCAUAGCACUUGGUGCUCUGCAACCUUGUUCAUCCUGCUUCAAUCAGGAGACUAGCACAGAAAAUGAUGAUUACAGAGAGCUAUCAAAACCACAGGUCACCUGGGAUCUCACCUCAAGUAAUCCAUCUGACUCUGUAAAGUUAAAUCAUUGGUCUGCGAAAACGAAAAAAGGCUACCAGUGGAUUAGUGGGCCACUCUUUCCCGUGGAAGGGAAAAGCAUUAAUGAUGCAUCAAGGCAGAUAUUUUCAUUGUUACAAGUGGAAUUGGAAAUGAAAGAUUACACGUUAUCAGAUAUUAUUCUGCUUCACCUGUACAUAAAGGACAUAAGGGACUUUGGCACCAUAAACUCGGUGUAUCAAUCCUACUUCAACCUCAACCCACCUGCAAGGGUUUGUGUGGAAGUCCCAUUACCUGAUGGAGUAUUGCUUCAAGUUGAUUGCCUUGUUCACAAAAAUGAGUCACUUUGCGAGGAUAUAACGAAACAGCAAAAGGAGGUUAUGCAUGUUCAGAGUAUUUCACAUUGGGCACCUGCUAACAUAGGACCUUACAGUCAAUCAGUCAAGAUUGGAGAUGAGAUAUUUUGUGCGGGUCAGAUUGGUUUGGUUCCAUGCACCAUGCAGCUUAUCAAAGGAGGUGUCAAGCCUGAAGCUGCACUUUCUCUAAGCCAUGUCCAGAAAAUUCUUGAAGCAAUGAAAAGUGGAACAAAAUUAAGCAAUAUCUUGCUGGCAAACUGUUAUGUCACAGACAAGAAAUAUAUCUCUGUUGCUCAAAAUGUCUGGCAAAAGGCAAUAAAGGGACACAUAGAGGAGGUGGAAGGUUAUGGGAUGAUGGAAGCUAUUCCUGGGAUACUGGUGGUAGCCGCCGUCCCACGUCUGCCUAAAGGUGCCGCCGUGGAGUGGCAUGUCAUUGCCCUGACCAGCGAUGCCAGUGAGAGGAAAUCCUUCAUCCUAAAUGAGAAAUUGGAAGGUUAUGAAAUUGAUUGUAAAAUGGUGAUGUCAAGUUCACUGUCUAGUGCUGCUGUUUCAUUGACUCUAAGUCUUCUGCUGCCAUCAGUGAGUUCAUUGAGUUUAAAAACCGCACUGAAAGAACUGGCUGUUGCCUUCCAGCAAGCAAUGGAUACGCUCCCUCAGGAUGUGCUUCCUCUCUGCUUCAAAAUUUUCUACUGUGAAGGUGCCAUAAAUCCCAGCUUAGUGCACAGAGAUUUGGCAAGAUCCCUGGAAGACUUACUGGGCUCGAGGAUUCCGCCACUGAUUUUGGUGCCUGCCACAGAUUUGCCUGGCCGAGAAAUUCUACAUGUUGCUUGUUGGCUGAGCAACUAAGGACGAAAGACAGGAUGGAGAAUGCUGGCUUAUGAGCUACUAUAAAUCCAUUUCCUCCCUUUACAUAAAUGGAAACAAAAGCAGAUCUCCACCUGUGUUUACAGUAGCAGUUCCGACAUACAAAAGAAAGAAUUCCAAAUCAUACUGCGAUCAACGCCCUGUCUAAAUAGUCACAAAGGGCUUCUUGUUCGUGGCCAAGUUUACCAUUAUAUAUACUGGCAACUGAUCAAAGCACAGAGAGAAAAGGUGUUGCGUAUUACUGGCUCUGCUAUUGAAUUUGGUCUAUAAAGUCAGUCAAGUGAAAAUCAAUCAGUUUUUGAAUCUGUGUAUAAACUCUAAUGGGAACUGCUUUCUUUCAUUAAAGUUAUGAUGGACAAAUAAAGAAGGUCAUUUUAAUUUUAUAGCAAUUUUUAAACCUGUUCUCAUUUUCAGAGAAACAUUAUUAUACUAUCAAUUAUCAGAAACUGAGUUACAAACAGGGCAGUGCAAUUGUUUGGAAAUUAAGUCUUGAUUCCCAACUGCAACCACUCCCGCAUCCCAACAUUCAACAACCUUGCUCAUUUUCCCCAUGUAAUAGGUUUGACAAAUUGUUGGAGUAAGUUUUCUGAGGCAUUGCACACCAUGCCAUUCCUCGUCUGUGAGCUGUGACAGAGAGUGCCAACUCUGAAACCAGCUUCACCGAUGUUAAACAUCUUCCUCUUGUGUUUGCCUGGUAGCCAUGGGAAAUGGAGAUGCUGGCUCACUUUCCAUGAUCAUGAAGCCCAAUUCCCCCAUCAUCCUGGUCAAGGUCAGUUCCUCAGCCCAGUCCUACGGCUGAACGUGACUGUCCUAUUGUGUGGCCACCUUCUAGCUACUGGAUGGAUUUUCUGAGUCAUCUGAGAUUAAUAUCUGAAAUGUAGAGCCCAGCACCACAUGAUCAGAAAAUUGUUGCAAACAAUGACCUUUGUUAUUUGACUUAAUCCAGUAUUUGUAUAAAACAGAAAGAUACUUAGCGAUUAAAGCUCAAUCUCUCUGGGGAGUCAUUUUGAUCUGUGACUUGAAAGUGUUAUGAAAUAUGCUUUAGAGCCUGUUAGGGAAGAGAUUCAUUUUCACUAGCUUUAUAUGUUGUGCAAUAAAUUUGCACAAGUUACUGCACAGGUUGAACAACCUGAUUCUGAGGUAACUGAACACGUCUCUGAUAACAAUGAAUUAUUGAUGUUCUUCUUUUGAGUGUGAAAUACCCAUAAGAUUGUUCUUUAAAACAAUAAGAAAAUAGCUGACAUCCACUGUCAUCAUUAACAAAGGUUCAGUAUUGCAGAAGUUAUGACACAACAACCCAGAGCUAUGUUCAAUUGAAUGCAAUAACUAGUAAUUUGUAAGCUAACACCAAAAUAUAUGUACAUGAAAGCUGCUAUCUUGUCAAAAACCCUACUGGUUCAUUGAUGUAUUUUGGAGAAGGAAACUUGCUACUUCUACCAAGUCUAAUCUGUGUGAUUCUGAACUAUUCUUAAAGCCUUUUAAAAUGGUUAAGCAAGAUUUUGAUAUUGAUAAAAAAUGCUGCUUAUCAGUGCUGGCUUUUAAAUUUUGCUUAUUCAGUUGG